CCCCCCCCCACCCCCCGCGCCAUGCGCCUCACCCCCUGCCAGGCCGCCCUGGCCGCCGCCAUCGCCCUGAACCUGCUCCUGCUCUGCUCCCGCCUGCUCCCCGCCGCGUCCCCUCCGUGCCACCCCCGCGCCGUCCCCGCCUCCCUCCCCGGCGUCACCGUCAUCCUCCGCGACUUCGACGGCCCCGACCACGACGUGGCCGCCACCGCCCGCUCCUUCUCCUCCCUCCCCGGCGUCCCCGUGCUGGUGGCGGCCGAGGUGUCCCCGUACCCCCCGGUGCCGCUCCCCGCCGGCGUCACCGUGCUGUCCCUGCGGCCUCAACCCCACCGUCCCCCGCCGCGGCCGGAGCUGGCCGUGCGCACUCGCCACGUGGCCUUGGUGCCCGACGGCGCCCGCGCCGCGCCGGGGCUGCUGCGGCGCAUGAGGGACGCGCUGGAGGCCAUCGCUGAUGGCGACGACACCAAAAUGGUGGCGGCGGCCGUGGGGCGACAGCGACCGCGGUGUUUGAGCUUGGAGGUGGACGUCAAAGCGUGGACGGUGCGUUAUGGCUACCAGAGUGGACAGAGUGACCGCGGUGAGAGGUGUGGCGCGCUGGACGGCGCCCCGGCCGUGCUGCUCCUCCGCACCCGCGAUCUCUUCUCGCUGCCGUUCCCCCUGAGCUCCCCCGCGCUCACCGCGCUGUCCCUGCAAGCCGCCGUGCGCGGCUGGCGCAUCCUGCUGCUCCCGGACUCCUUCCCUUCACCCCCGCGCCCUCCUCCGUCCCCCAAAGCUCGGAACGCCGCGGCCGCGCGCCGCCGGGCGCUGCUGGAGCGAUUCGGCGUCAAGCUGGAGGUGCUGCCCGACGGAGCGCGGCGCUGGCACGGCUGCGCCAAGGACACGCCGCGUUGUUUCGGCACCAUCCGCGCCCAGACCCCCGAGUACCUGCUGGAGGGGCGCUGGACGCCGCCGUGCUGCCUGCGGGCGCUGCGGGCCACGGCGUGCCACGUGCUGGCCCAGCUGGAGGCGGCCGGCGUGCGCCACUGGCUGGAGGGCGGGUCCCUGCUGGGCGCCGUGCGCCUCGGGGACAUCAUCCCCUGGGACUACGACGUGGACGUGGGGCUGUACCGCGACGACGUCCCCAAGUGCCGCUGGCUGGCGGCCGUGCAGGCCUCGGGCCGGCCCGUGGAGGAUCCCGAGGGGUUUUUGUGGGAGAAAGCGGCGGAAGGGGAAUUUUUCAGGGUUCAUUACAGCAGAACCAACCGGCUGCACGUGGAUCUGUGGCCGUUCUACGUGGGGACGGGAGGGAUGAUGACCAAGGAGACGUGGCUGGGCCACCGGCAGGACGUGGAGUUCCCCGAGAGCUUGGUGGCGCCGCUGGGCUCCGUGGCCUUCGCGGGGCUGCGGGCCAAAGCUCCCAACGACCCCCGGGCCUUCCUGGAGUUCAAGUUCGGGCCCGGGGUCAUCGAGAGGCCGGAGUAUCCCAACCCCGCGGUCAGGAGCCUGGCCCAGGACAAUAAAACAUCCUGGUGACACCUCUGUCACCUUUGUGUCCCAACCCCGCGGUCAGGAGCCUGGCUCAGGACAAUAAAACAUCCUGGUGACACCUCUGUCACCUUUGUGUCCCAA